CAGGGGGAGAGAACUCACCGUCAGGAAUGGUAUGAUAUCAAACAAAGGCAUCUGGCCAGCCUUGGCCUCAAGAACCCAGGCUUUUGGUGGACCUUCGCAGGAAGGUGUCCAAAUAGAUUACAGCCAUUAAUUAGCCUUCUGGAUAUUUCUAGUAAAGGCUGCUGGUUGGGUGUUACUGCCGGUGUGGCAGCAAAUAGGUUUCAGGAGUUUUCUGGUCAUGUUUCACGGGGUUUGUUGCUCAUAGAAUUUCUGUUUGGGAUGAGACUCAGCAGGUGGAAAGUUUCAUCUGGAGGCAUGGCCUUGAUUUUCUCAGAGACUGAGGACGAACGAAGGUAUGGUUCCGCUCACGAUAAACCAACAAAAUUGACAAGAAAAUAGCACCUGAAAAAAAAAUUAAUACCGAACACAAAACUAGAGAAAACAUUUAUUUUGCAUCAG